GGCGCGGAGCGCAGCGGCGGCGGGAGCGGCGUCGAGUGUCUCUGUGCGCCCGUCUGUGGCCAAGAAGCCAAGGAGCCCACCAGCCAGUCACCUCGCCGCCUGCGUCCAGGCAGCCAACCAUGCUCAACUUCGGCGCUUCUCUCCAGCAGGCUGCGGAGGAAAGAAUGGAAAUGAUUUCUGAAAGGUCAAAAGAGAAUAUGUAUUCUUGGAACAAAACUGCAGAGAAAAGUGAUUUUGAAGCUGUAGAAGCACUUAUGUCAAUGAGCUGCAGUUGGAAGUCUGAUUUUAAGAAAUACCUUGAAAAUAGACCUGUCACACCAGUAUCUGAUAUGUCUGAGGAAGAGAAUCUGCUUCCAGGGACACCUGAUUUUCAUACAAUUCCCGCAUUUUGUUUGACUCCACCUUACAGUCCCUCUGACUUUGAACCUUCUCAAGUGUCAAAUCUGAUGGCACCAGCGCCAUCUACCGGACACUUCAAAUCAUUCUCAGAUACUGCCAAGCCUCACAGUGCUGCACCUUUCAAAGAGGAAGAGAAGAGCUCAGUAUCUACCCCCAAACUCCCCAAGGCUCAAGCAACAAGUGUGAUCCGUCAUACAGCUGAUGCCCAGCUGUGUAACCACCGAUCCUGCCCUGUGAAGGCAGCUAGCAUCCUCAACUAUCAGGACAAUUCUUUUCGAAGAAGAACCCACCUAAAUAUUGAAGCUGCAAGAAAAAACAUACCCUGUGCAGCUGUGUCACCAAACAGAUCCAAAUGUGAGCGAAAUGCAGUGGCAGAUGUUGAUGAGAAAGCGGGCACUGCACUUUAUGACUUUUCUGUGCCUUCCUCAGAGACAGUCAUCUGUAGGUCUCAGCCAACCCCCACUUCCCCACAGCAGAAGUCUGUGUUGGUCUCCCCACCUGCGGUAUCCACAGGGGGAGUGCCACCUAUGCCUGUCAUCUGUCAGAUGGUUCCCCUGCCUACAAGCAACCCUGUCAUGACAACAGUCGUUCCCAGCACUCCACCCAGCCAGCCACCAGCUGUCUGCCCCCCUGUGGUAUUCAUGGGUACUCAGGUUCCCAAAGGCGCUGUCAUGUUUGUGGUACCCCAGCCUGUUGUGCAGAACCCAAAGCCUCCAGUGGUGAGCCCCAAUGGCACCAAACUCUCUCCCAUUGCCCCUGCUCCUGGCUUUUCCCCUUCAGCAGCUAAAGUCACUCCUCAGAUUGAUUCAUCCAGGAUAAGAAGUCACAUCUGUAGCCAUCCAGGAUGUGGCAAGACCUACUUUAAGAGUUCUCAUCUAAAGGCCCACAUGAGAACACAUACAGGGGAAAAGCCUUUCAGCUGUAGCUGGAAGGGUUGUGACAGGAGGUUUGCACGUUCUGAUGAACUGUCCAGACAUCGGCGAACCCACACAGGUGAGAAGAAAUUUGCCUGUCCCAUGUGUGAUCGGCGGUUCAUGAGGAGUGACCAUUUAACGAAGCAUGCCCGGCGUCACCUGUCAGCCAAGAAGCUCCCAAAUUGGCAAAUGGAAGUGAGCAAGUUAAAUGACAUUGCUCUCCCUCCAACUCCUGCACCCACACAGUGACAGAUUGGAAGGUGAAGAAUCAGAACUAUCUUUGGUCACAGCCAAGAACCAGUGGUGGUAUCCAAAUGCUUCCACUGCAAGUCUGUGGCCCUCCAGUGGGGGCUAAAAGCAGAAGCCCCACAGCCCGAGGUGAAGGCCCAGCCUGGGUUAGAUGACAAGAAGUGCUUUCAGCCACAGGCAGGUCACAGAACGGCAGGUUUCAUUUCUUAAAAGAGAUGAGAGGGCUUUUAUUCCUUUGAGUAUUUUUUGAAGGUUUCAGAUGAGGUCAACACAGGUAGCACAGAUUUUGAAUUUGUGUGCACAUUUGUUACUUUAUUUUUGCUGUUUAUACUUGAGACCAACUUUUCAAUGUGAUUCUUCAAAGUACUGGUUUCAAGAAUAUAAAGACUAGAAAUAUUACGGUACGGAAUGGAGACAGAAAAUCAGUUUGUAUUAUUAGGUAAAUAUUGUCAUCUUUUCCUAGAGUUAUCUUGUUUGCUAUUCCUAGUCUUUCCAGUCAACUUUGUGGAUGUAGUUAUUAAAUAUAUUUAGAACUAUCAUUUUACACUAUUGUUGAUAUUUGGAAUUGAACAGCUGUACAUUGCUAAAGAGGGCCCAAAGAAUUGGAAUCCUCAUUAAUUUAAUUGCUUUGAAAAGUAGCAAUAAUUUUUUUUUUUCACUUUUGUUUGCAAGUUUAACAAAUGACUGUAUUUAGGCAUUUUAUUAUGCUUUGGACUUUAGUUUGCCUGCAGUUUGUUGUGUAGAUUUGAAAACUGUAUACCAACAUGUUUUCUGUAGAUUCUUAAGAUACACUGCACUUUGUUUAGAAAAAAAAUUUUGAAAAUGAAAAUAUAUAUUGUAAAGAAGGGAUAUCAAGAAUUUUAGAUAACUCCUUGAAAAAGAUGGCUUAUGUCAUCAGUGAAGAACCCUUACGAGAACACGGUGUGUGCUUUAUUGAAUUAGAAAGCUUGUGAUGAUUAUUCACACAUGGACAAAUGUCCUGUUAAUUUAUAGGAGUUUUUGGGGGGAUGUGGAAAUAGGUAGGUAGAAAAAUUAUUAGAAAAUUCACUUUUGUUAACAGUAUUUCUGUUAUAUUCUGUUGUAUAGUGGAUGAUAUACACAGUGGUUAAAACAAAAGUAAGUUUGAAAUAUAUAGUGGAAAAUGUCACUGUUAUCUUCCCAUUUAAAAUUUUCCUAUAUGUUGGGUAUAGAUUUCUGAAGACUGGGACCCUUGGAAAACAGUUUUCCCAUUAAAAAAAUCCUCAUGAUAAUUUGCACAAUGUUUCUUUUGUUGUACUUUAUAUCUUGUUUACAAUAAAGAAUUUCCUUUGGUAUA